CACGACAGUUGUGAAUGUCGGCGACACGUAAAGUAGAAAGGCUUUAAAGAGCACCAGAGCACUUUCCAGGAUGAUUUGAUGUGGAAUUGAAACAACAUUACAUCAACUGAAUGUGAAUCAAACAUUAAUUAUGGUUGCCAUGACAACAAGAAACAUGGCUGUUUGGACUUUGUGCAUAUCAGUACCAUUGACAAUGUAUUUGGGAGAAUUUUACACAUUUCCUCAGAUAGAGGACUUAAACUAACAAUGUCAGACCAAAGAUCUGUUGGACUUUAUUAACAUUUACAAGAGCAGUAAGCUUAUUUAUUUUUUAUUGUGCCAUUACAUGUGAUUUAGAUUUUUUUUAUACAUUAUAUUCUGUUGUUGUUGUACAGUACAGUUUUUGACUAAAAACAGCAAAAAUGGUUAGUCGUCUGAAACUACAGUAUUGUAAGGUUAUUAUGGCCACGUCAAUGGUUUGGUUUCUGUUGGACGUUGCGCUACUCAUGUACUACACGGAUUGUACCGGCUCUAAUGCCCAGUGCUCAAACAAGGGCGACUCAGCAGGAGGCGAGAAAAGAUCGGAGCAAAAACCUGGUGGCCUUUUAGAUAAAAUUUUACCAAGAGGUCUCCUCCCACCGCGCUCCCCGACUGGUCCCGGGGAAAUGGGGAAGGCUGUGGUGAUACCUGUCGAGAUGCAGGAAGAGUCCAAGCAAAAGUUUAAAAUCCACCAGUUUAAUUUACUGGCCAGUGAGAUGAUGUCACUGAAUAGAUCGUUACCAGACCAUCGGAUGUCAGGGUGUAAGUCAAAAGUCUACCCAAAAGCUUUGCCGAGCACGAGUGUUAUAAUAGUGUUCCACAACGAGGCGUGGUCAACGUUGCUGCGGACCGUGUGGAGCGUGAUUAACCGCUCGCCACGGGACCUGCUGGAAGAGGUUAUCCUGGUGGAUGACGCCAGCGAAAGAGAUGAGUUGGGGAAGAAGCUGGAUGACUACGUGGCAACCCUACCAGUGUCUGUGAGCGUACUGAGGUCUGAGAGUAGGACUGGGCUGAUUCGGGCACGACUGAAAGGUGCUGAAAAGGCUAAAGGUAAAGUGCUGACGUUUUUGGAUGCUCACUGUGAAUGUACUGAGGGUUGGCUGGAACCACUCCUUAAUGAGAUAUAUAACGACAGGUCUGCCGUGGUGUGCCCCAUCAUUGAUGUGAUCAGCGACGACACGUUUGAAUACAUCACCGGAUCCGACAUGACCUGGGGAGGGUUUAACUGGAAACUGAACUUCCGCUGGUACCCCGUCCCCCAGAGGGAGCUGGAGAGGAGGGGUGGGGACAGGAGCCUACCCACACGGUCUCCUACCAUGGCUGGAGGACUAUUUUCCAUAAACCGGGAGUACUUUUAUGAGAUCGGGUCUUAUGAUGAAGGCAUGGAUAUCUGGGGGGCUGAGAAUUUAGAAAUGUCCUUUAGGGUCUGGAUGUGCGGUGGUAAAGUCGAGAUCGUGACCUGUUCACGAGUAGGUCAUGUCUUCCGCAAGACUUCACCAUACUCCUGGCCAGGGGGAGUAGCGAGGAUCAUCAACCAUAACACGAUGCGCAUCGUCGAAGUCUGGAUGGACGAAUACAAAGAAUUUUUUUACAAGAUAAAUCCAGGAGUCAGAAACGUCGAUUAUGGAGAUGUCACGCCGAGGAAAAAGUUACGUGAAAAGUUAAAAUGUAAAAGUUUCAGGUGGUACCUGGAAAAUAUUUACCCGGAGUCCCAGAUGCCUCUGGAUUACUACUCCCUUGGGGAGAUUAAAAAUAAAGAAACACACCAAUGCUUAGACAGCAUGGGACGCAAAAGUGGAGAGAAACUGGGGAUGGUGGGCUGUCACAACAUGGGAGGUAACCAGGUGUUUGUUUACUCUAAGAAGAAAGAGCUGCGAUUGGACGAUGAUAUUUGCCUCAUCCUGCACACAAGGUCUAAUGAACUCAAGCUGUUAAAAUGUCCGCCAGUAAAUGCUGAAAAUAUUUGGGAGUACAAUAAAGAGACUCUCCAGUUAAAACAUGUGAAUAGUAACCAGUGUCUUGGGAAACCAAAACCUCCAGAGGUUGAUACCCCUUCAAUAGGCCCAUGUAAUGACAGCAUUGGUCAGCAGUGGAUUCUAACAGACAUGAAGUGGUGAUUGGAUGGCCGAGGGAAGAAAAUAUUCACAGGACGGGACAAGAUUUUAUUAUAUGUCUAGGUGUAUAUACACAUUGAAACUAC